GGAACCCGAGGCUCUGACCCCAGAGAACUUCAGACCAUAACUGGCGAGCCCAGUUAUGCUCUAUCUGUGUCUGAACUUACUGACCUACCCAAAGUGCAACAGCAACUUGAGUCCUCUUUGGAGUUUGCAGUUAUUGAAGUCACCCCAGAAUUACCAACCGUAAUUGCUGCAUCACAGGGCCCCAAGAAGGAUGUCGUGUUCCUCGUUGAUGGAUCUGAUGGCGUUGGAAGGGAAUUUCCAAUCAUCCAGGAGUUUAUCCGCAGGGUUGUCGAGAGUCUCAAUGUGGGCGAAAAUAAAAUCCGUGUUGGUGUGGUCCAGUAUGGUGACACUGCUCAGGCUAAUAUGUAUUUAAACACACAUACAACCAAAGAAGGUGUUUUGAAUGGCAUCAAGGGACUGAGGAAGCUAGGUGGAAGACAACGUAACCUGGGUCAGGCCUUACAGUUUCUCAAUCAGGAUAUUCUGACAGCAGCACGGGGUAGUAGAAAGCAGGAUGGUGUUCCACAAUUUGUUAUUGUUGUGUCUAGUGGGCCUUCUACAGAUGAUGUCCGUCGUGCAGCUUCUUCUCUUAAACAAUCUAGAGUUCUUCCAUUCAGCAUUGGGACCAGGGAUGUGAACCCCACAGAGCUGAGGGUGGUGUCAUAUAUCUCCAAUUACGCCCACGUAAUAGAUGACCUUCCUGGCCUGUACACAGUUCAAGAAGAAUUAAUCAACAAACUCACUGAGCUGUCAGAUGAUGACAUCAGAAGGUUGCGUCCAGAGUUCCCAACUUAUGAAGCACCAGUACCAUCUGUACCCACAGGAGGAGAAAAAAGGGAUGUUGUAUUUCUUAUUGAUGGCACAACAGCAGUGCGUAGUGAAUUCCCUUCCAUCCGUGAUAUGAUAGGAAGAGUUGUGGAGAAGCUGGAUGUAGGACUGGAUAAGGUCAGAGUUUCAGUGGUUCAGUACAGCGAUGAUCCAAAGAUAGAAUUUCCACUGAAUGCACACUCAACAAAAAAUGAAGUGCUCCAGGCCGUGUCGAGACUUCGAAACAAAGGUGGGAAUAAUCUAAACACAGGACGUGCUCUCGAGUUUGUCGCCAGAAGAGUCUACCAGAGAUCAGGCGGAAGCCGUCUUGAGGAACGUGUGCCUCAAUUCCUCAUUCUAGUUACGGCUGGCAAAUCUACUGAUGAUGUAUCCAGCUCAGCCAAUGAACUCAAGAAAAGCCUGAUAGCACCUCUGGCCAUUGGUACAAGAAAUGCAGACCAAGAUGAACUGAGACAGAUUUCCAUGAAGCCAGAGCUUGUGUAUACAGUUGACAGCUUGAGAGAUUUUUCAAAGGUGGAAAAACAGCUUAUUGAUUCAGUCAAAAAAAUAUCCACCGAUGAUAUCACUGAAAUUUAUACUCGUGUCCCACAAGUCAUUCUAGAUCUCGGGAAAAAGGACAUUAUUUUCCUAAUUGAUGGCUCAGAUAAUACAGAUUCUGAAGGGAUUGCUCACAUCCGUGACUUCAUCCACAAAAUUGUUGAACAACUUGAUGUACACCCCGAUAAAAUUCGUGUUGCUCUUAUCCAGUAUGCAAACAAAGUUAAAACUGAAUUUUCGCUCAAUUCACACAACAACAAGGCAGCUGUUGUCUCUGCUAUCAGAAGACUCCGUCAGAUGGGUGGACGAUCGUCAAACCUGGCUGAUGCCAUUGAUCAUGUUCUGCGCUUUGAGUUAAGCUCUUUUGCUGGUGCUCGACCAACUGAGGCCUCCCAGCAUCUUGUGGUUCUCACAGGUGGACGUUCACCCCAAGAUGUUUCCCUCUAUGGACCUUUGCUCAAGACCUCCCGAGUUAACUGUAUUGGUAUUGGUGCUGAUCGUGCUGACACAAGGCAACUGAUGAGUAUUUCCAAGAGCUCAGCUGAUGUCAUUCAGGUUUCUAAGUUCUCAAACCUGCCAACAAUAAAGGACAAGUUUAUUAACAGGUUGAGUGAGACUACUCCUUAUACACCAGAAUAUGACACUCCAACACCAGGCCUGCCUCCAUCUAAAAAGGCUGAUAUAGUGUUUUUGGUGGAUGGCUCCAUUAAUGUGGGCCGUGAGGACUUCAAAGAAAUCAUGGUUUUUAUCAACAACUUAAUUGAUCUGUUCUUCACUGAGAGAGAUAACCUACAGAUUGGCUUGGCACAUUAUGCUGAAGAUGUCAAUGAUGGCUUUUACCUCAACACAUACAGUAACAGGGAUGAUAUCCUAAAUGCUCUUGGUCAAAUAGAGUACAAAGGUGGACGCAGACUGAACACCGGUGCAGCCCUUCGCACUAUUCAAGAUGUUUACUUUUCUAAACAAAGGGGCAGCAGGGCUGAUGAGGGCACUCCUCAAAUUCUUAUAACUGUCACUGGAGGAAACUCAGCUGAUGACAGUAAAUCAGCAGUGCUUGGCUUGAAGAAUAAAGGUGUGAGAGUCUUUGCAGUGGGAGUGGGCAACAUUCAGAAUGAGUUGGAAAACCUGGCAAGUGAACCUUCCAUGGUGGCUCGAGCAAGUACCGUUCAGGAACUCUCAGAGCUCAAUGAACAAAUCCUGGAAACUCUGGAUGAUGAAGUAAAAGGGAAGCUGUGUGUCGGUGCGAAAGAACUUGCUAAAACCUCCAACAUAGAAGUGUUGGUCGGAUUUGAUGUGUCCGCCCAGAAUAUUUUCAGUUCUCAGACCAACCUCCAGAGCAAGAUGGAGGCUAUUUUGCAGAGGAUUUCCAAAAUGGCAUCCAUUAGCUGCUCCGGUGGGCAGAUUCCAUCUGUACAAGUGGGCAUGCUGGCCAUGGAUUCUGCUUCUGAGCCGGUCCAGCUGGACUUCACAACAAAUCCAGAUGAGUUAUUUGAGGCUUUCAGAGCCUUGGGGAGUCGUGGCCCCUUUAAGCUCAAUGGCAAGACCAUAUCAGCUUACACCAACAGAUUCAAAGUCAGACAGGAUGACACUGUCAAGGUUGUUAUUCAUCUGACUGAUGGUAUUGAUGAUACUUCAUAUGCUGAAAUGAAAAGGCGAGUUGAGGAGCUUCGGCUGUCAGGAGUGAACAGUUUCAUUCUGGUUGGGUUGGAGGGGGUAACCAAAUUUGAAGAGGCGUCGCUAUUAGAAUUUGGUCGUGGCUUCAGGUACACAAGACCCUUAAGACUGAAUAUCAUGGACUUGGACUAUGAGCUUCUGGAAGAACUGGACAACAUUGCAGAAAGAGAGAUCUGUGGAGUGCCAUGCAAAUGUACUGGCAACAGAGGAGACAGAGGAGGAGUUGGACAGCCUGGAUCUAAGGGUGGUCCAGGAUUGCCAGGAAGUCAAGGACAUCCUGGAGAUGAAGGUGGACCUGGAGAACGGGGUCCUCCUGGUGUGAAUGGAACCCAGGGUUUCCAAGGAUGUCCUGGCCAGAGAGGUGUCAAGGGGUCUCGUGGAUACUCAGGAGAAAAGGGCGAAGCUGGAGAACUUGGACUUGAUGGCAUCAAUGGAGAAGAGGGCAAAAGUGGUGUGGCUGGGCCCCCUGGAGAAAGAGGAAACCCUGGCAGAAGAGGUCCCAAAGGUGCCAAAGGACAAACAGGAGACAUAGGACAACAGGGAAUCAGAGGAAACCCUGGAACAACUGGACAAGAUAACAACCGGGCAGGACCCAAAGGAGACCCUGGUGAUGCUGGACCAGCGGGAGAGCCUGGUCAGGAUGGAAGGAGGGGAGGCCCUGGUGAACCUGGAAGAAGGGGACCGAAUGGUAGAAGAGGUUCACUUGGACCAGCUGGAAAUGUUGGAGGCCCUGGAGCGCCUGGUGUGCAGGGAGAGUCCGGUAUUGAUGGACCAAGGGGUCCAUCUGGACCAAAUGGUGCACCAGGAACAAGAGGAGAAGAUGGAAAUCCUGGACCUAGAGGUCCUGGAGGUACCCCAGGUCCUAGUGGAGAAAAAGGUAGAAGAGGACCUCUUGGUCGCAAGGGAGAGCCAGGAGAACCAGGACCUAAAGGUGAUGUUGGACCAACUGGCCCCAUUGGAGAGCCUGGUGAAGAUGGUAGAGAUGGUUUUGGUGUUCAAGGGCCUAAAGGAAGAAAGGGAGAUGAAGGAUUCCCAGGAUUCCCAGGUCCUAAGGGAGCAGCUGGAGACCCUGGCACCUCGGGUGGACCUGGAUCCAGAGGAAAUCGUGGACAGAGGGGAGUCUCUGGGGAUAUUGGUACACAGGGACAAAAAGGAGAAGUUGGAUAUCCUGGGCCAUAUGGUAUCAAAGGACAAAGAGGACAAGGAGCUGUGCAAUGUGACCUUGUCAGAAAGAUCAGAGACAAUUGUCCUUGCUGCUUUGGUAAGCAGGAAUGCCCACUCUACCCCACUGAGCUGGCUUUUGCCCUCGACAUCUCACAAGGCCUUGGCCGUCCAGUCUUCAACAACAUGCGUGACACAGUCCUAAACAUAGUCAAAAAAAUUACAAUCACUGAAAGUAACUGUCCAAGAGGAGCUCGUGUUGCUUUGACCCUGUAUAACAGUGAUGUCACGACUGAGGUCCGGUUUGCUGAUGCCAUGAAGAAACGUGCCCUGGAGGAACGCAUUGAAGGACUUCAGCUCCCACAGACAAGAAAGCCCCGCAGCUUGGAAACAGCCAUGAACUUUGUGGCCCAGAACACUUUCAAGAGGAUACGCAGUGGCUUCCUCAUAAGGAAGGUGGCCAUCUUCCUUGUAGGUGAUCAAGUUGGUCGGUCACAAGCAAUUACUAGUGCAGCCCUCCGCCUUCACAACGCUGGAAUUGCCACUUUGCUGCUGGUCAGACAGGAGGACAGAGCACUCUCCAGAGCGGUGCAGGCCAACAACACAGCACUGGCCCAGGUCAUUGUCCUUCCCAACGCUAAUAGUCCACAGUACAAUUCAGUCAUCCAGAAGGUUAUGAACUGCCAUGUCUGCCUGGAUUUCUGCUCUCCGGACCAAAUCUGUGACUAUAUUCCCCCAACGGCUGGCCGAGAUAGGAGAUCUUUCACCUCAGAUGUCGACAUUGACAUUGCUUUUGUCAUGGACAGCUCUGAGUCUACCUACCCAACUGUCUUUGCCGAGAUUAAACACUAUAUAUCUUACAUGGUAGAGCAUCUUCACGUGUCUUCAAAUCCCACAUCAUCUGUUAACCACGCCAGAGUGUCUGUAAUUCAGCAAGCACCUUACGAGUUCCUGAAUAACAAAUCUGGGUCCCCCAUUCAUGUUGACAUUGGCUUGACUGAACACACUUCAGCACAAGAUAUUAUCAAAUUCCUGGUAGAGAAAACACCCCAGCUGGAAGGUGGCCGGGCACUCGCAGAGGCAAUUGAAAGGACGGUGGAUCAAGUGUUUGAGAAGGCACCUGUACAACGUGACAAAAAGGUACUCAUACUGUUUGUGACAGGAAGUGUGGAACAAGACCAGGAGAAGCUGAUACGCAUUGCCACUGAGGUCAAGUGCAAGGGCUACUUCCUCGUCAUCUUUGGUGUAGGUGAAACAUUGAGUGCUAAGGAUGCAAGUGUCUUGUCAAACAUGGCCAGCGAGCCUUCAGAUGUCUUCUUCAAGCAGCUGAAGAGUAGCUCAGACUUAUAUGACAGACACAUCCAGACCUUUGGCCAGCUACUGCCCAAGUAUAUCAGUAUUGAAAAUGCUUUCUACAUGUCCCCUGAAGUCUCCAAAAACUGCAAGUGGUUUCAGAAUGACCAGCCACUAAAAAACCCCUUCACACCAUCACAGGAAGUGGAGAAACACCAGAAGCAUCAUGAAAAUCACCACGCAGUUCAUGAAAGAAAGCACAAGGCUGCAGAGGAGCUGCACGUCUCUAAUGUCACCUCCAGCAGCUUGAAAUUGCGUUGGAGCAGGCCAGAUGCAAAGCUCUUUGUUUACUUUGAGGUUGUUGUGGUGAGGCUCUAUGACCAUGCACUGGUGCUGAAGACCAAUGUGUCGGGUACAGAGCUUGCUGUGGACAACUUGGAAAGUGCUCAAAUGUAUCAAGCUGUAGUCACAGCUUACACGGCCGAGGGCCAAAUUGUCUCUACUCUCAAAGGCGUCAUUACUACAAAAGCAGCUGAGCAUAAGCUUGCCAGCCAAAAUACAAGUACUCCAAAUACCACACCCCUGGACAAACCAGAAACUGUUAAUGAAUUGGCAGGCCCAUGCUCGCUUGACUAUGACCCUGGAAUGCCCUGCAAAGACUAUGAGGCUAAGUGGUUCUUUGACAGAAAGAACGGGUUCUGUGUACAAUUCUGGUAUGGAGGUUGUGGAGGGAAUGGAAAUAGGUUCGACAGUGAGGCCCUCUGCCUGAAAAACUGCGUGAGGUCAGUGGGAGAGCCUCAGCCAAUGGUGAAGCAAGUUGAACAGGUGGAGGUCCUCCCAGAUCCUGCUGCUUUUACAGCUGUGGACAUUUGCCAGCUUCCACAAGAAGAAGGUACUUGUGCCAAAUUUGUUCUCAAGUGGCACUACGAUGCUGCCAACAAGAGCUGCAUGCGCUUCUGGUACGGUGGCUGUGGUGGAAACCAGAAUCGCUUCGACACUUACGAGCAGUGUGUGAAGGCUUGUGGAAAACCAGAACCAGUGAACCAAAGAGUCAUUGCUACAAUAAAAACAUAGGACGAAAGUGACAGACAUGGCCAGCUCUUACCUCCAUUUAGGAGAUUCUGAGGAGAACCAUCCAAAAUGGCCAUAAAGUAAUGGUGGCUGCACUGGAUACCACAAACAUGGACUUUAUCCCCCAACUCUUGAAGUAGUCUUUUUCACAACAAGAAGGAAGCAACACAAUUUGCUGCAUGAUUUGUUUUAACCUACUGGUGCUACAUGAUAUGUUUGUUUUACAAGAGUUAUUAAGUGGAUUUGGUUUUGUAAAAUCAAGUUCUCUUGAACGAUCACAGUUUUCAUAUUUUUUAAAAUGCAGUUUUAUGAUUAAACAAGAAACAUGUAUGAAUAUCUUGGACAGAGAUUAGCAAUGACUCAGUACAUGAAGGAUUUUAAAGCAGUAAUCUUUUUUUAUAUUGUGGUUAAGUCUUCUUUUUACAUUCCAGAUUCACAUAGCAGCAUUGGUUUUUUUUACACUCACUUCAUCCCUGUGGAUUAUUUCACUAUUUCACUGUCACCAAAUCCACAGCAAUGUUUACACGAGUCUAGUGUGGCAGCGUGUGUGUAUGUAAAGACAGCGACCAACUGCUGGGAUGCCAACAUUAAUGUAAUGUUUAGUGCACUUCUGGAUCCGUUGCCUCAAACACAAGAUUUCCAGCUAUUGAGAAACAGAAUGUACUUUUCAAGCUGUUUUUAUUUUUCAUUUCAUUUUGGAUUUGCAGAAAGUUAUGUUCCACGUGGGAAAGGGUGAAAUAAAAAUGAAUUAGACUUUCUAAUAAACAUGAGCAACUGAUUCAUUUUA